AUGGGCUACGAGGAACCCGAUCUUGUAUUGCAAAAUGCCCUUGCAAAUAGCGCAUCGCCUUAUCUUCGAGCGCACAAGGACAACCCGGUAGCAUGGCAGGAAUGGUCGGAGCAGACUAUUUCAUUAGCCAAGCGGUAUCAACGACUCAUAUUUCUGAGUAUUGGCUAUAAUGCGUGCCAUUGGUGCCAUGUCAUGGAACGCGAAUCAUUCAGUUCUCCUGAAGUCGCCGCUCUACUCAACAAGUCCUUCAUCCCCAUCAAGGUGGACCGGGAGUGCCGCCCUGAUCUGGACGACAUUUAUAUGAGUUAUGUCACCGCGACGACCGGAUCCGGAGGCUGGCCACUGAAUGUCUUCCUUACGCCCGAUCUCAAACCCGUCUUCGGCGGGACAUAUUGGCCGGGGCCGUCACAAAGCACGAAUCUCCAGCGAUUGCCUUCUCAGGACGAACUUCCCCUGACAUUCCUCGACAUCCUACACAAGAUGCAAGAAGUCUGGACGACGCAACGCGAAAGGUGUCUCCAAUCAUCUUCCGACAUCACUGCUCAAUUACUCGCAUUCGCAGCAGAAGGGACCCAUUCGCAAUCCAGUGAAUCGGUCCGCGACGCCGGACCAAUGCAGACAGACGAACCGGAACCGAUCGAACUCGAUCUCCUCGACGACGCUCUGAACCAUUUUAUAUCACGAUAUGACUCGACACACGGCGGGUUCAGCGCGAGUCCGACCUCGCCCAAAUUCCCUACCCCUUCCAACCUCACAUUUCUCCUGCGCAUCGGCGCGGCCAUCGCCCAACCUUCGACGCACACGCGUUUUGGCUUCUUCAGCCCUGUCCCCGGAAUUCUAGGGCGAGACUCGUGUCUCCAGGCCGCAUCCAUGUCUCUACACACCCUACUGGCCAUGUCGCGGUCCGGCCUCAGAGAUCAGCUGGGCUAUGGAUUCCACCGAUACAGUGUGACACCGGACUGGAAUCUUCCUCACUUUGAGAAGAUGACGUGCGACAACGCGCAGCUCCUCGGCUGUUACUGCGACGCGUGGGCACUCGGGCGCGACCCCGAGAUCCUCGGCACCAUCUAUAAUCUCGUAGAAUACUUCACGAACCCGGAUUCGCCCAUCGUCCGGCCCGGCGGCGGCUGGUACGCCAGCGAAGACGCCGACUCUCGACCGACACUCAGCACGCUGGCGAACGGCGUGACGGACGACAAGAAGGAAGGCGCGUUCUACGUGUGGACAUUCAAAAAGCUCGAAUCCAUCCUCGGCGAACGAGACGCGGCCAUCAUCGCCCGCCAUUUCGGCGUCAAACCGGACGGAAACGUGCCGGCGCAACACGACCUGCACGACGAAUUCCUCAGUCAAAACGUACUACACAUCCAAGCCACGCCGUCGGUGCUCGCCAAAGAAUUCGGGCUUGCCGAAGACGAGAUUGUGCGCGUGAUUAAGAGCGGACGCGCCAAACUCCUGGAAUACCGCAAGACCAAACGCGAGCCUCCAGAGGUCGACACCAAGACGAUCGCCUCGUGGAACGGGCUUGCAAUCGCAGCCCUCGCGCGCGCGGCCAACACACUCGCCACGAUCGACAAGCAUCGCGCAGCACGGUGUCAAGAAGCCGCCGAGCGAGCGGCCGCAUUCGUGCAUACGGAAAUGUAUAAUUCCACGACAGGGAAAUUGGUCCGGGUUCCAAAUACCAACACUCCUUCUAACAACGACAACAAUGCAUUCGUCGAUGACUAUGCAUAUAUGACACUCGCCAACCUCGCCCUCUACGAUCUCACUCUCUCGCAACCGUAUCUGGAUUGGGCCGUCCAAUUACAAGGGUACCUCGACGCGCAUUUCAAGGACGACACCACCUCCAACAACGGCGGAUACUACCAGGCCGAACCGUCCGGUGAACAGAUCAUCCGGCUGAAACCGGGCACGGACAAUUCUCUCCCGUCGCCCAACGGCGUCAUCUGUUCGAACCUGCUGUAUCUGUCGUCCUACCUGCUCGACCGACAGGCCGAGUAUCUCGCCAAAGCGCGCGCCGUGCUGGCUGCAUUCGCGGUGGAGAUGAUCCAGCAUCCUUUCCUCUAUGUCACGCUGCUGUCGGGCGUGGUGAUGGAGCAGGUGGGCAUCAAGACACUCAUUGCGCCGAUGACGAUGCGCGACAGCCAGCUUCGGAGAUUGAAGGGAUACGGGCGCACGGUGGUCAGAGGGUUCGUUCAGGAUGUCAUGAUCUGUACGAGGGAAGGGGUUUGUCGGCCGCUCAAGCAAAGUGAUUUGGAGGAUGUUGACGACGACAACGAUGAUGUGGCGCGUGAGGGUGGAGAAGGUGAUGUCGCGGGUUCGACUGAGGGCUUGUUGAAAUCGAGGACAGCGAUUGCGGCAUAG